AUGGAAGAAGCUUUUAGGCGUCUCAACGGCCUUGGUCCCAACGAAUCCUUCUCUGAUCACCACCACAAGAAGUGCACUCCCGCCGCCAACAAGAGGGCUUCGAGAGACAACGGCGCCGGCGGUACGAGGUACCGUGGAGUUAGGCGUAGGCCCUGGGGCCGUUACGCCGCCGAGAUAAGGGACCCUCUGUCGAAGGAGCGACGUUGGCUUGGUACCUUCGACACGGCGGAGGAAGCCGCUUGUGCCUACGACUACGCCGCCCGAGCCAUGCGUGGCCUUAAAGCUCGCACCAACUUCGUCUACCCAACUUCCCUUUCUCCUUACUCUGUUCCUUACAAUCUCUUACCUCCUUCUUUUAACUUUCCGAAGCUGUCUCAGUCGCCGUCCGUUAAUAUUAACAAGAACCUCCAUAGCCACCUUGUGGGAGCUUCUAGUUGGGCUAACCAUCGUCCCUGUUCAACCCACCGAAACUCUUCCUCGAACAACAUGAUUAUGCACCCUGAUGUUCUCGACCCUUCUGUGGUCGCUUUUUCUUCAUCGUCGUCCGCCUGUCCUACGUGUACUUGUCUCCGAGGAUGCUGUUUGAUGAAUUCUUCUGGUGGCGCUAAUACUGUUAGCAGUAGCACGUGUGGGUCUGCUUCCUUCUCGACGACCGCAACCCAUCAUAAUGGAAUAACGAAGAGCGAUUUUGAAGCUGAUGAUGAAUCUGCGUUCUUCCCAAGAGAAGUUUCAGACUCGGGGUUGUUGGAGGAGAUAGUUCACAAAUUUAUGUUAACUUCGAAGCCCAAGAAAUUUGAGCCUCCCCCAGAAUUACCCCCUCAACCUCAGCCUCAGCCUCAGUACCAGUCAGUGCCUGAUGAUCCUAGGUUUGUUUCUGCUUCUCAACGCUAUUAUGAAACCAAGAAGGAGGGUUUUGGUGUCCAUUUGGACGACCAAGGUUUUCUUCCUAUGCAACAACAGUUCGAGGGUUUUGAUGAGCAGGCUAUGCGUUUCGGCAACAGUCAUCAGUUGAUGAACCAUGCAGAUUUCUCAAUCACGCAAGAUCUUGUUCGCUAUCAAGAGAUUCUUAAUACCUUUGCAGCCAGCGUCCAGAAUGCUUAA